AUGGCCAGUAAAAGGAACCGUGCCGCCUUCGAGGCGGACCUGCAGGCUCACCAAUCCCCUUAUGCCUUCUACGGAACCCCCCUGCCUCCAUUGGAUGACAGCGUCCGAGAUGAUGGAUCAUACGCGCCGAUCUGGAAGCAGGAGGUAACCGAUGACCGGGGAAGGAAACGCUUACACGGCGCCUUCACCGGUGGAUUCAGUGCCGGGUACUUCAACACCGUCGGGUCGAAGGAAGGAUGGACCCCAGCAACCUUUGUAUCCUCGCGCCAGAAUCGCGCCAAAGAAGUUCGGCAGCAACGACCGGAGGACUUUAUGGAUGAGGAGGACGUUCGAGAGGCUGAAGAGGCCAAGAGACUACAUACCACCGAUGAGUUCUCCGGCUUUGGUUCUACGGAUGCCGACAUGGCGCACCGAGGAGGGUUGAUGGACCUUCUGAAAACGAGCGGGGAAACGAUGGGGGUGAAACUUCUGAAGAAGAUGGGUUGGCGAGAGGGCCAGGGUAUUGGGCCUAAGGUGCGGCGUAGAGCCAACCUCGGUGAAGGCCUGGUCCAACGUGACGGAGACACCGACAAAACAUACCUUUUCGCACCUGAGAAUCCACCAAUGGUUGCCUUCGUCCACAAAACCGAUCACAAAGGACUCGGGUUUGAAGGAGAGUCUCGUCUUGACUCCCAACAAGCAAAAGGGAACGACUCCGAUGAGGAGGAUGCCGAUUCCUUUUUCGGAAAGCGGCUAAUGGCCCCGGGUAAGCCGAAACAACCCAAGGCGAAAGAGACCCGCCGCGGAGGGUUUGGGGUCGGGGUGUUGAAUGAUACCGGUUCAGAUGACGAGGAUCCCUAUUCCCUGGGUCCGCAGAUAUCUUACAACCGAGUCAUUGGAGGGGAUAAAAAGAAGAAAAGGAAGACGAAACCUACCGAGGAUGUGAGAUCCCUGACAGGCGCGUCUAAUCCCCUCAUCGGCAACAAACCGGUAUAUAUCCCCAAAAGAGUCAUUGCUGCCAAGGGCUCUGCCGGCUUUCGGAAGUGUACCGAUGGCCGUUUGCCUUUGGAAGGAUUCUUGCUGGCGGAGGGCAUCUCGAGCCUCUCCAUAUCUUCACAGGAGAAGAAAUAUGCGCCACCGGAGAUACCCAAAGACUGGAAAUCCAGCAAAACGCCAAUAGAGAAGAGAGAGGUUUCGAGUUAUGUCUCCACGGCAGAGGCGGCCAAGGCUUCCACCUUGGAUCCUACGGCGAGAGCAGCACUCUUGGGAGAAACACAGCUUCCGGGGAAAUCUAUAUUUGAUUGGAUGACCCCCGAGGCUCGGGAAAGGAUCAUGAAGCUCACAGGGAAGACUGAUCUACCGCCAGCCUUAAGUGAGAAGGCCCCCAAGGGCUACGAGCUCUCGGAGGCGCAGAAGCGGAGGGAUUUGUGGGACCUAGUACCCAAGCUAGACAAGCAGGUGGCUGUUCAGGCACUCACGCGAGCAGCCAGUGGUUGGAUGCCGUACGCGGAUGACCCAGGCAAACGGGAUCGCUACCGAACAUUCCUCCAAGUACGUGCCGGGCUUAGGGACAGCCUUCCGGACCGGGUGCCCGGCUCCACUACGGACGAAUGGGCGGCGGAACUACAUGAGUUCACACGAGCUGCAGAAGUCUUCAAGCCAAUGUCCGGAGUCAUGGCCUCGCGAUUUACAUCUGCGAGUUCCGGGCCCAAGGGGUCUUCCGACAAACCUGACGGAUCGCCUUCAGCCGAGCCUCUCCUUAGCAAGCCGGCCGCAAGACCCGAGGACCCCGCAGUGGAGGCUGCUAAGAUUGGUAUGUUUGGCCCGAUGACUCGGAGCAGCCUUUCUUUCUACCCGACGCGGCUGCUGUGCAAACGGUUCAAUGUUCAACCCCCAGACCAUGUCCAACUGGAUCCCGGUGAGCCAUCGGGGCGCACCGAGGCCUCAACGGCUGGGGGGCGCUUCCAGUCGGCUGGCUACCAGACCGCUUCUGGGCCCAAGGAAUUGGUGUCGCGGGAUGUUAUGAAUCAACUCAUGCUUGCGGCUGGUGGUGGAUCUCUUGCACCUGCAGACUCGGCAUCACCGACGCAAUCGACGCCUGCCGGCAGUCGUGCGCCCAUUGUGGUUGAGCCGGAGCGCAACGAAGCAUUGGAGGCGGAGCGGCCGGGCGAGGCGGUGUUCAAAGCCAUCUUUGGCAGUGACGAUGAAGAUGAGGACGAGGAGAUAAGCUGA